GCUUGUACAGGAAGUGAGUCUAGACAAAAACAAUACACAAACUCAAAGGUAAAUAGCUUUUCUCUGAACAUCGUAUGACCCAUUUAGACAACUCCUCUCCGUAGCCGAGGGUGAGGUUUUGUACAGCUAGGUCAACAUGGAGGCUGUUCCUAAAAUGCCGAUGAUAAGUCUCGAUCUGAAGAAAGCCGGGGACUUCAACAUCAGCCAUUCUGUGCGAGAGUUCAUUCGCAGCAACUACAGUGAGAGUCCUGAGGACUACAGCGAGCCCUUGAAAAGACUGGACCAGCUCAGACAGAGUGUUGGGAGUGUAGCGCGUGAUUUCGAGGGGUGCAGUGUGUUGCGUCGGUACCUUGGACAGCUCCACUUCCUGCAGAGCCGCGUUCCCAUGGCGAAGGGACAACAGGCGGCCGUCCCCGUCACCUGGACGGAUUCCUUCUCUGGUAAAGCGGUGAGCCAUAAUGACAUCCGCUAUGAGCAGGCCUGUGUGCUCUACAACCUGGGUGCUCUACACUCAGCUCUGGGGGCCACAGACAACAGGAUCUCAGAGGAGGGGAUGAAGGUGUCCUGUACCCAUUUCCAGUGUGCGGCGGGCUCCUUUGCCUACCUCAGAGAUCACUACAGUCACUCCUAUAGUUCAGACAUGUCCACCAGCACACUGUCUGUCUACAUCAACCUCAUGCUGGCUCAGGCUCAGGAGUGUCUGUUGGAGAAAUCUCUACUGGACAACCGCAAGAGUUUCCUCAUUGCACGCAUAUGUGCUCAGGUGUCUGAGUACUAUAAGCAGUGUGUGAAGGCCAUGGACGCGUCUGAGUCGGGGUGUGUGUUGGGCAAGAAGGAGAAGGAGUGUAGGAAGCUCAUCAGCAUGAAGAUCAGCUACUUCACCGCCAUCACACAGCUCCACAUGGGGAAACAAUCUGAAGAACAGCAGAAAUACGGGGAGGCGGUGGCGUAUCUCCAGAAUGCUCUGGACAAGCUCAAUGAAGCCAUCAAACUCAGCAAAGGCCAACCAGACAGCGUUCAGGAGGCUCUGAGGUUCAGCAUGGACGUCAUCGGGGGAAAGUUUAACUCUGCCAAGAAAGACAACGACUUCAUCUACCAUGAAACUGUGCCUGCCCUGGACACCCUCAACCCAGUCAAAGGUGCCUCCUUGGUGAAAGCGUUGCCUGUGGCUCCUACCGACCCCAGUGUGACCGGUCCAGACCUCUUCAGCAAGCUAGUGCCCAUGGCAGCACACGAGGCAUCCUCACUUUACAGUGAGGAGAAGGCCAAGCUGUUGAGAGAGGUGGUGGCCAAGGUGGAACACCAGGAUGAAGCGCUCGAGCAGUUCAUGGACUCCCUGUCUCUGGAGUGUGUGUCUGAUGCAGCUGUGUUUGGGGUGCUGCCCGAGACGCUGAUGGAGAAGUGUGCGGCCUUCAGCGUCAAGGACAACGCAGUGCAGAGCCUAGUCAAAGCCAUGCAGGAGCUGGCGGGUGUGAAUGCGGAGGUGGAGGAGAAGUUGGGGGAGGUGCGCGCCGUGCUGGCGGAGGAGGCUGCAGCCGAGAAGAGCCUGGGGGAGGUGCUGGGACAGAAAGCCACACCCACACCGGCUAACCCCGCUCCUCUGGAGGAGGUGGAGAGGGAGUUGCGUCGCUACGAGGAGGCCCACGCGGACGCCACACACACCAACACAGAGCUGCACACACACAUGAGCCAGCACCUCCCCAACCUGCGCCUCCUGCAGGGGCCCCUACAGACCCUCAGAGAUACACUACCCACACCCACACUGGCAGAAGAUGACAAUGUGUCUCUGCAGCAGCUGCAGAGGAUUCUGGGUAAGGUUAAUGAGAUGCGUGGCCAGCGCGCCUCAUUGGUGCAGCAGCUGCGUGACCUCAUACACAAGGAUGACAUCACCGGCGUCCUGGUCACCACUGAGCGUGCUCAGAUGAAGGUAGUGUUUGAGGAGCAGCUCCAGAAGUAUUCCCAGCUGCAGCUGUAUAUCCAGCAGAACCUGAGCGCUCAGGAGAACAUCCUCAAGGCCCUCACCGAGGCUAACGUCCGCUCAGCACCCGUACGCAAACACCUGCAGGACACACACACACAGUGGGAGAGUGUGGUGCAGGGUCUUCUCCUGUCCGCUGAGGCCUAUGAGGAGUUGCUACACAAGGCGGAGGAGGGGCGGGGCUUCUACCAAGGCCUUCUGGGUAAAGGACACGCCCUCCUGGAGAGAGCCAAUCAGACGAGCCGAGACCGAGAGCAGGAGAGGCUCCGCCUACUGGACAAGGCUGUAGGUGGCAGCACUGCCCCCAAACUCUCCUCUCAGAAGCCACUCCCCCUCUCUGACAGAGGCUCCUCCCCUUCCAGCCUUCCUGAUUCCCGAUUGGCCGGUGCCUCCCUGCCUAACCCCGCCCUGCUGCCCCGCGGUGGGGGCCCCUCUGGGCCCUUGUCCUGGCCCCCAGGGGUGCCACCUGCCCCCGCUGCCCGUCUGGAUGCCACCCUGGGGCAACAGCAGCGCUUUAAUACCCCUGGUGGUGCUGGUGGAUUACCCCAGAUGCCCCCACAGGCCAGGCUGCCUGCACCGAUGCACAAACACCCUGGGGGACCAGGUGGAGCUCCAUCUCCCCAGCCUCCAGGAGCAACAGCUGGCUCCACCCCCACCCCCACCCCUAUGCAGAUGCCACCGUUCAGAUACGCCCUACCUCCGCAGCCAUGGCAACAGGCUCCAGGCAACCUGCCUCGACACCCCACCAUGCCCGGCGGCGGCUACAUGCCCCCCGCCCCGCACCCCCACCCCCACAUGGGCCAGAACAUCCCCCCCAGACCCACAGGACAGGUGACACCGCCCCCACCACAUCUCGCCCCCCAGUACCCAGGCCCCCCACCCAGGGCCAACGCUCCACCUGCUGCCCCCCACCCUCAGGGCCCCAAUGCCCCUCACGUGCCCCUGGGCCCCCCCUUACAGCAGUACAUGCCACCCCCUACACACCACCACCACCACCAAGUGGGUUUGCCACCCCAUCUCAUGCCCUCCUUCCCUGGGCACGGCGGGCACCCUGGCAUGCCUCUGCACCCGGCUGCACCCCACCACCACCACCUCUACCAGCCCCCCAUGCCAGGCCAGAGCCCCGUGCCCCCCUCACCAGGCAUGCCGCCCCAGCAGGGGGCCACCACCGCCCCCCCACACAGGGUGCCCGCGCCUGGACCUGGGCCUGGGCACCAGCAACAGCAGCAGCCGGGUCUACAACCUCCUCUCUACCCCCCUCACCACCUCCAGCCUGGCAUGGCCUACAUGCCCCCCGCCGCCGGCCCCUCCCCCUCGCCGCAGGGUGGUUACCCCCCCCAAAUGCCCCCCUUUGGCUACCCGGGGGCCCCCCCUCCUCCUAGACCGGGGGGUAUGCCAAUGCAGGGGGGGGGCAUGAUGCCCAUGGUGCCCGGUGGUUACGGCCAUCCCCAGCCUCACAUGCAGCCGCACCCCAACUACAUGCCAACCCCCCCUGGGCCUGCACCACACCGCGCCAACGCCCCCCUGCCCGACCUCGAGCCGCCCCCCCACCUCCAGCAGCCUCUGGUGCCACAGCAAGUUGGCGCUCCGUCAUCGUCGGGGGCGACCGUCACCGCGGCGACCGGUCCCCAGCCAGGGUCUCUGCCCCCCAACAACAACACCGCCCCCCAACCCCCACCGCCACCGCCUGGGUCUCAGGAGCCCAGCCAGGGGCCCUUGGCUGCUACCGUGCCCGACGGAGGAGCACCCCAGCUGGGCAUGAUGGGGCCCACGGAGGGGUCCCUGCCUGGAGCUGGAGCUGGAGCUGGAGCUGGGCAGCCGGACGCACUACUACAGGCCAAGCUGGAGCAGCUCAGCCUUCAGCCACCAGGGGGUGCCAUUCAGCAACCUGCCGCCAGUCAACCCGGUCAGCCAAUCAACGGAGCCGCCCUCUCCUCCCUCCACCAAUUGGAGCAGAGGAACGGGGUGGAUCAGCCCGCCCCCGAGGGGCAUGCCACCAAGCACAUGGACAUCCUGAGUGACCUAGACCCUUUCUGGAGUCACCAAAAGAGUUGA